UUUCUUUUAGCACUUCACUCCAUUCUCUCUUCUCUCAAUCUCUCUCAAGCGAUAGACUCUGAAACAUCUCUCAAAGUUCUCCGAUCUCUCAACCCGAAGAAAGAAAGACACAACACGUAAAAGAUUCAGUCUGAUUAUGGCCCUCGAAGCGAUGAACUGUCCGACGAACAUGUCUUCGUUCACAGCACGGAAAGACAGAAUCGAAGCAACAGACGAUCUGACGAACGACGCCGUUUUCUUGGAGCCUUGGCUGAAACGCAAACGCUCGAAACGCCAGCGUUCUCGCAGCCCUUCUUCUCCGUCGUCCUCCUCCUCGCCGCCUCGUUCUCGCCCCAAAUCCCAGAUUCAGGAUCUUGCGGAGGAAGAGUAUCUCGCUCUCUGUCUCCUCAUGCUCGCCAACGACCACCACCAAUCCACCAAGACGACGCGGCCGCCGCCGCCGCAAGAAUCCACCACGAAGCUUCCGCACGAGUGCAGCGUUUGCGGGAAAGCGUUUCCUUCUUACCAAGCUUUAGGCGGCCACAAAGCCAGCCACCGAAUCAAGCCUCCAACAACCGCCGCCGCCGAUGAUAACUCGACGUCUCCGACCAUCCCCGUCUCCGUCGCGGGAGAAAAGCAUCUGACUUCCACCACCAUCGCACCUUCCGGGAAGAUCCACGAGUGUUCCAUCUGCCAUAGAGUGUUCCCGACGGGUCAAGCUCUCGGCGGCCACAAACGCUGUCACUACGAAGGAACCAUCGGCGGCGGGGGGACCAAAUCGGUUAGCCAAAGUGGAAGCGUGACGAGUACGGUUUCGGAAGAACGAAACAACCGCGUGCAGUUCAUCGAUCUAAACCUCCCUGCGUUACCGGAGCUCAGCCUUCGCCACCACAACACAGUCGUCGACGAAGAGAUUCAAAGUCCUUUGACCGGUAAAAAACCGCUUUUGUUGUUGACCGAUCACGACCAAGUCAUCAAGAAAGAAGAUUUCUCCCUAAGAAUCUAAAUAAUUCGUCUGUUAUACUUUUUUUUAGUUUCAUUUGUUUUACAGAUUUCUUCAUAAUUCUGGAAUUGGAUAUAUUCAUAUAUGCUAGGGGGAUUUGAUAUAGAAUUUGAUGGAUUGUUUGAUUAAAUCAGAAUUUUCGUUUUUUUUUUAAAUUGUUGUUACAGCUCUAGUCUAUUGAAUCCACUCUGUAAAAUACAUGACACGUGGCUUUUCCUAUGUGAACGCAAAUUAUAAAUAGUUGGGUGAACGAACGAGAAUACUUCCAUGUGGAUUCGUUGCCUUGAUUAGCAUUUACCACAUGUAUUAUUAAUUUGAUCCAUAAAUAACAAAUUAUAUUUGUUUA